AUGAACGGGAAUAUUGUUGCCACUUCUAUAGCUACUAGUUAUGAAACGAAUAGUACUACUAUAAGGAAUAAUAAUGAUGAUAAUAAUAAUUAUUAUUAUAAUAAUAAUAACAAUUAUAAUAAUAAUAAUAUAAUUACUUCUACCCCAACUGAUACUUCUGCUAUUACGCAACGUCGUAAAUUUAAGAAGCCCUCGAAAAAAAUUCAAGUCAACAACGCCGAUGUUAAUGUCACUGAGAAGAAUGACAACAAUGAAAACAACAACAACAACAACAAUAAUAAUAAUUACGUUGAUGAUGAUAAUAAUGUGUUCUCUUCUGCUGCCGAUGGUAGUGUAUUGAAAGCCAGCAAGAAGCUGAAGAGGCUGCAACAGAAGAUGCACAGCAGACUUGAAGCUACAAGCAGCGCCGACACAAGCAGCCCGCAGCAGAGACCGACGGCGCAUCCUCGUAGCGCGUCUCGCAACCAAUCGGCGAUGACGUCACGACAUCACGUGACCGGCGUCAACUUGGCGACUGUGGAAGUUGAUGAUGGGGAGGAGGAGGAGGAGGAGGGAGGAGAUGACGACCUAUGCGAGAUCUUGACAAGAUGCCAGAGCAGAAGGUUGAACGACCAGCGGUCAUCGUAUCUCGGAAUGGAAAAGGGAUACACCUCACAUUGUCUUUUACGUUUAGCGUGA